AUAAUAAAAAAAAAAAAAAGAUACCAAUCAGAUAAACAGAGAGCUAAAAAUAAAGUAAAAUCUGUCGUCAUCGAUACAAUAAUUAUGACAGAUAUUAUUAUUUUUUUUUGGUGUAAUAUAAAUUCAUAAUAACAUUCUAAUUUUUUCUCUUCUUCUUUCAAAUGUUUUUAAAUUUUUUUGUAAUCAUCGAAGAAUAAUUAAACAAAUAUUAAAUAUAUAACUCGAAUUAUUAUUGACGUUUGUUUAACUGAAUAAAUAAAAGGUGAUUCAUGUUUAUAUUUUUAUUAUUGUGUUGAUAAAUUUUUUUUUCAUUUGUAAAUUUAUGAUAUCAUGAUUAUGGGUUUAUUCGGUAAAUCACCUGAAAAAAAUCCAAAGGAUCAGGUACAAGAAUGGUCUCACAAAUUAAGAAAAGAGGGUUAUCAAUUGGACAGACAAGUUAGAGCAAUUCAAAGAGAAGAAGAAAAAGUAAAACGUUCAUUAAAAGAUGCAGCUAAAAAAGGUGAUAAAGAUGUAUGUAAAAUAUUAGCAAAAGAAGUUAUAAGAGCAAGAAAAGCAUGUAAUAAAAUUCAUACAUCAAAAGCACAUUUAAAUUCUGUAUCAUUACAAAUGAAAAAUCAAUUAGCAACAAUAAGAGUUGCUGGAUCAUUAUCAAAAUCAACUGAGGUAAUGCAAGCAAUGCAAUCACUUAUUAAAGUACCAGAAGUUGCUGCAACAAUGAGAGAAUUAUCAAAAGAAAUGAUGAAAGCUGGUAUAAUUGAAGAGAUGCUUGAUGAAACAAUGGAUGUCAUGGAAGAUUCUGAAGAAAUGGAAGAUGAAGCUGAUGAAGAAGUUGAUAAAAUACUUUGGGAAUUAACUGCUGGACAACUUGGUACAGCACCAGCUGUUGUCAUGGAAACACCUGGUUCAUUAAGCACCAAAAAUACUGAACCAGAAGCUGAUGAUACUGAACUUGAAGACAUGAGAAAUCGAUUGCAAAGUUUAAGAAGUUAAUUUAUCAUUUUAUUUUAUUUUUUUGUUCAGUAUUUUUUUUUUUUUCUUUUUAUUAAUUACAUACCAACGAAAUAAAAAAUAUAUAUUGUUAUAUUAUAAAUUGUGUGCACUUAAUUUGCACCAUGUAUAUUAAACAAAAACAUGUUAAUUAAAUUGGUGUUUAGUUUUUCUUUUGAUUAUUGUAUAUUUU